AUGACAAUCAAAGAAACACUAAGACUGCAUCCUCCAGCUCCGAUGAUUCUUCCGAGAGAAGCCAUGUAUCACUUCAAAAUCCAAGGCUAUGAUGUGGACCCCAAAACACUCAUCCUUGUGAAUGAAGGGGCAAUCGCACGAGAUCCUAAGAUUUGGAACGACCCAGAAGAGUUUUUCCCAGAAAGGUUUGAUGGAAGCUCGGUUGAUUUUAAAGGACAACAUUAUGAAUAUUUGCCAUUUGGAGCUGGUCGAAGAAUGUGUCCAGGGAUAUACAUGGCGACAACGACACUACAGUUUGGACUUGCAAAUCUUCUCUACUGGUUUGAUUGGAAAUUGCCUAAUGGGAUGAAGGUGGAAGAUUUGGAUAUGGAAGAAUCAGCUGACGCUUCUCUCACCGAAAGCUUACGUGAGGGAUAG